AUGGAGACUGCCAACCUAACAGUUGUGAAGUUCUUUUAUCUGACUGAACUCUCUGAUCUCCCAGAAGUAGACACGGCCCUCUUUGUAGUGAUUCUGCUGAUCUACUUGGUCACCCUGGCAGGCAAUGGGGCCAUCCUCCUGGCGAUAGGGACAGACGUCCACCUUCAGACCCCCAUGUACUUCUUCCUCAGUAAUCUCUCUGUGCUGGAUGUCCUUUGCCCCACUGUCACAGUGCCAAAGAUGCUCCAGAUUUUCCUGUCAGGGGACAAGCGCAUAUCCUUUGCUGGCUGUGUGCUACAGCUCUUCUUUCUGAUUGAAAUGGUGGGCACUGAAAUUUUCUUAUUAGCUGUGAUGGCAUACGACCGCUAUGUGGCUGUAUGCAGCCCCUUACACUACACAAACAUCAUGAGUAAACAGCUAUGUGCUCAGCUAGUUGCCUGGACAUGGGUAUUAGGCUUUAUCAAUUCCAUGGUUCACACCUCACUGACCUUUUCAUUAUCCUUCUGUGGGUCCAACAAAAUUAACCAAUAUUACUGUGACCUUCAACCAGUCAUGGCUGUCUCUUGCUCUUCUACAUACCUUCCUGAACUGGUCCUUCUUCUUGUGGCUGGUAUUACAGGAGGUGGUGCUUUUCUGGUCACCCUGAUCUCUUACAUCUAUAUUAUUUCUGCUAUCUUGCGCAUGCGCUCUGCUGAGGGCAGGCGCAAGGCUUUUUCCACCUGUGGGUCCCACUUGACUGUUGUCUGCCUUUUUUAUGGGGCUACCAUUGCUACCUAUGGUUGCCCUGUCGCUUCUUAUUCCCCCAAGCAAGACAGAAUUGUUUCCAUGUUGUAUGGAAUUCUUACUCCUAUGUUGAACCCUCUGAUCUACAGUCUAAGAAAUAAGGAAGUGAAGAAAGCCUUGGUCAAAGCACUUGGCCUAAAACGGUUUGAGCAAAUGGGUUAG